GAACUCUGAUGGGACUGUCAGUUCAGAGCGGGCUGAGAAGAUGAUGAUGCGGUGGCUCAACGCAUUAUUUUUCAUCUGGAUUCACUGUCAUAUGUGCAGGACAGAGUUUGAGCUGACUUUGCUCCACACUAAUGAUGUUCACGCACGGGUGGAGGAGACCAACAAGGACUCGGGCAAAUGCACUAAGCCGCCUUGUUUCGCUGGAGUCGCGCGGAGAUUUACGAAAAUCAAAGAAGUUCGUAGCAAGGAGAAAAAUGUUCUCCUGCUGGACGCGGGCGAUCAGUUUCAGGGGACCGUCUGGUUUAACUACUACAAAGGUGCAGAAGCGGCGCAUUUCAUGAAUAAACUCGGAUAUGAUGCGAUGGCCUUAGGAAAUCAUGAAUUUGACAAUAAAGUGGAAGGCCUCCUAAAACCUUUCCUUCAGGAAGUGAACUGCACUGUUCUUAGUGCAAAUAUUAAAGCCAAUCAAAAGAUUGCUCCUCAGAUCAGUGGCUACUAUCUCCCAUUUAAGAUCUUCACUGUUAACUCAGAGAAAGUGGGUGUUGUUGGCUACACGUCAGUGGAGACCCCUGCUUUGUCUCUACCAGGCCCCGAUCUCCAGUUUGAGGAUGAGGUUACUGCUUUACAGCGUGAAGUGGACAAACUCACGGCUUUGAGUGUUAAUAAGAUCAUCGCCCUUGGACAUUCUGGGUUCGAAGUGGACCAAUAUAUAGCAAAGAAAGUACGAGGAGUGGAUGUUGUGAUUGGAGGGCACACCAAUACAUUCCUAUACACAGGAACUCCACCAUCCACAGAAGUUCCUGCAGGACCAUAUCCAUUCAUAGUCCGGUCAGAUGACGGGCGCCAGGUUCCUGUGGUCCAGGCCUAUGCCUUUGGAAAGUAUCUGGGAUUCCUAAAAGUGACUUUUGAUUCAAUUGGAAAUGUGGUGAAGUCUUCAGGCAAUCCGAUUCUUCUGGAUAACUCAACAGCACCAGAUCCAGUCAUUCAGGCUGAAGUGGACACUUGGAAGAAGAAUCUGGCCAAUUACUCUGCUCUGCAUGUGGGACAGACUCUAGUCUAUCUCAAUGGAACAUUUGAGGAAUGUCGAUUUCGUGAAUGUAAUUUGGGAAAUUUGAUCUGUGAUGCCAUGGUCCAUAAUAAUAUUAAAUAUGCUGAUGAAAUCCAGUGGAACCAUGUCAGCUCUUGUAUUCUGAACGGUGGAGCCAUUCGAUCACCUAUUGAUGAGCAAAGCAGAAAUGGCUCCAUCACAAUGGAGGAUCUGAUCACUGUGUUGCCAUUUGGAGGUACAUUUGACCUGGUCCAAAUGAAUGGAUCUACUCUGCGAGAGGUCUUUGAGCACGCCGUUCGCAGAUACGGAGGAAGCACUGGUGAAUUCCUACAGGUGUCAGGGUUUCAGGUGGUGUAUGAUUUAUCAAAAUUGCCUGGAAACCGUGUUAAAAGCUUGAAUGUGCUCUGCACUGAGUGUCGAGUGCCUCGCUAUGAACCGCUCAACCCAAAGAAGGUGUAUAAAAUAGUGCUGCCCUCUUACCUAGCGGACGGAGGAGAUGGAUACUCUAUGAUCAAAGAACGGAAACUCAAACAUGACAGCGGCGACCUGGAUAUAGCAGUUAUUGCCAGCUACAUCACAGAGAGGAAGAGAGUUCAUCCAGCUGUGGAAGGACGUAUUCAGUUUACAAGCUCUUGUAUUGGACAUCGAGGAUAUAUGUCCACUAUUCUGCUGGUGUGGGUACUCUGGGUCAUGUUUGUUUAGUCACUUAUGUAAUUGUAAACAAAACGUAGUCAUUUGUGUGUAAUUGUACAGUCAGAGAGAAAAAAAGAAACCUUUAAUCCAAAGAUUAGUUACUGUCAUAGAAGCAAACAGAUUAACUCACGACACUGUGACAGAGUAAGGAUCAAAGAAAGUCAGUCAUCUUGUUACACAAGUUCUUAUUCCAUAGAAAUCUUCAAUACUGGCACUUUCUCCAUCUCUUUAAAAUGUAUAGAAUUCAUAGAGGGUAUACUAUGCUGAAUCUCGCAAAAAGAUGUCCAGAUCAUGUUUCACUCCAAAAUCGUUUUUUCUUAAAAAGACUAUUUUAGGCUCAUUAAGAUAUGUUUUGUACUAUUUCAUGAUAAUUCAGCUAAACCUAACCUCAAAUUGUCAUGACUGCAAGGUGAAAACAAAAAAAAUUAAAGUGUGAAGUAGAAUUUGCAUUAUGUAUAAUGGUAGUAUGAUUUAAUUCAUGUGGACUUUUAUUGUUUUGCAUUACAGUAAUAACUUUUUUGUUUUGCUUUUUAAAAAUGGACUGCCAUAUAAAAAAAAAAACAUUUUGUCCUCAAACAGACCUCAAAAUAUCUUUUCAUAUUUUCUUCUCAAUUAUGACCUGUACAUCUUUUCACGAGAUUCUUAUAAAAAAGGCUAAAGUUAUUUAUCUGUAAUUUGUUUCUUGAUGAUAAUUAUGGUUAAUUGAACAGCUCACAGAAAGCGGUUUGUCUGGCAAGAGAUCUCCAUCCUCUUAUCCUAAGGUAGCGAUUCAUAUUUUUAUAAAGCAUUUAUUUUAAAUAGAUUAUAUAUUAAAAAAAAAAAAAAGAUUUAUAGUAAAACACAUAACCAGGGACAAAGCAGCUGGAUAUAUUAAGAUUUUAUUUACUGAGCACAAAGCCAGGACAUUUAAAAAGAACAUCUUUUUCAGUACUUUUAUUUUGUACAUGGCUGACACACUAUAUGAAAUGUCUCAGUUUGGUUUUUUUCUUUCUUUUUUAAGUUGUCUGUAUCUUUUGUCUAUUUGAGUAUCUUCAGGGACCAACAGGAGUGUAAAAUGGUUUAAUUACAUCUGAUAAUGACAUGAUGUGUGUUGAAUCACGCAUAAUCUACUUGAUCCAAACCUUUUGUUAUAAUGCUGUUACUAGACUGGAAAAAUAAGGCAGGCUUCCAAUGAUUCAAUGAAAAACCAUGGCAUACAAACCCCAUUAAAGUCAAUAAAUAAU